CAUUUUAUUGUGUUUCGACACUGUGAUGGAGACAUCGGCCUUUGAUCUGUGUGGAAAAUAAACACAUUUCUCUGCAAAAUUCUCCAUUAAAUCUAUUUCAAGGCCGCUACCUUUAAAUCAUAUUGUGAAGGCAGACGUCCAAUAAUGACAGGAAGCAAUAACAGGAUGUUUACAAAGAUAUUCACUUUAAGUGAACAAACCAAAUAUAACCUGCUGAUAUUUAACGACACAUCACGUCUAAUAUAAAUCAUGAGUUUUUUGUGUGUUUGUUUAAUUCUGUGGAUUGUGAGGUGCUUUACUCAUGUAACCAUUACAAUGGCUUGUCCUACUGUGUCUUGGACAGGUCAGCUGGUGUAAAGGACACAGCUGCAGAUGACAUACAAACACUGGUGGUUUUUGACAUUACGUAUUGUGGCGUUCAGACUCCCAAGCUUUGCUGUUAUAAUCAGUGAAGACACUGUUGGAUGUACAAUUUCCUCAGAUCCGUUGGGAAAUGGCUAUCACAGACGUCUUGGCUGCCUCUGAUAUUUCAACUGCCAUUAAUGCAUGUAAAGCAAAGGAUUCUUUCAGCCCAAGGACGUUUUUCGCCACAGUAGGUUUGUCAAAGAAGUCUCCACGUGAGAUAGAGAAGAUCUUUAAAAUGUUGGACCAGGACAAGAGUGGGUUCAUCGAACAGGAUGAGUUACAGUUGUUUCUACAAAACUUCUCAAAAGGGGCUCGUGCUCUUACAGCAGCUGAAACCAAGGCAUUCCUCAUGGCUGGAGACAUGGAUGGGGAUGGGAAGAUUGGAUGGGAAGAAUUUUCAGCCCUUGUUAACGCUUCCUGAGACCAUGCUGUGACUGUCAAACAAAGAAAAAAGCUGAGAUUUGCCACUGGGAUCUUGUCAGUAGCAGUUUUCAAAAGAUGAAUUGUGCAGGAUUGUGUUCUGUCUUGUAUGUUUUACUGUAAUGUUAUUGUUAAUGAGCUUAGAAAACAUAAUACAAAAUAAACAUGUUCAAACAA